GGUCUUCGCCAGCUUUCCCAGAGGACCAUAAGCACUGCUUCACGCAGACAGUUUGAAAAUAGAAUUCGUGAGAAGCAGAAGCUUUUUCAGGAGGAUAAUGGCAUCCCAGUGCAUCUUAAAGGUGGUUUAAUGGAUGCUCUCUUGUAUAGAGUCACCAUGGGUAUUUCAGUUUUUGGAACAGCCUAUGUUGUUUACCAGCUGCUUGUCACUUCAAUGCCCAAGAAGCAGAAAUGA